GUCAAAACUUCCCGCGAAUCCCACUCUAUCGUCUAGCAGGCCUCGCGACCGCCUCAAUUGGUCCACAUCUCCGCUCUCCCAACCGAACUCGAACGGCAUUACUUAAUCUUUUUUUUUUCUUGUUGGCUUGUUUUUAAUUUUUCCCUCCUCCUUCAACAAAAAAAAACCACGAGUCACAAUGAUGCGCACACCCGCAACGUCUCUCCUGCGCGGCGCCCUCCGGGCCAGCAGAACGACCACUCCUCUCGUUCCCCGCGCCGCCGCCUCCACGCACGCCAUUUCGAACCCGACCCUAGCCAACAUCGAGAAGCGAUGGGAAGGCUUGCCUCAGACUGAGCAGGCCGAGCUCUGGAUGGCCCUGCGAGACCGCAUGAAGGAGAACUGGGCCGAUCUUACCUUCCAGGAGAAGAAAGCCGCCUACUGGAUCGCCUUCGGCAACCACGGUCCUCGCGCCGUCCCCCCUCCGGAUGAGGGACGCAAGAUCGCUCUAUACACCGCGAUGGGCUUGUUCGCCAGUUUCGUCAUCUUCGCCACGGCGCGGGCAUUCGGCGGUCCCCCUCCUAGCACCAUGAACAGGGAAUGGCAGGAGGCUUCGAACGAGUACCUCAAGAAACAACGUGCCGAGCCCAUCACCGGUAUCUCGUCCGAAGGCUACAACGGCAAGGGUAUGGUCCAGUCGCUGCCCAAGAAGCUAUAGACAAAUGAAACAUAGCCUCCCUAAUACGAAAAACCUACUCUGGUCUCUCCGAUUUUUGUUAAACCGUUUGUCAAAAUAGAGCCGCAGUGCAAGGUAUCGACUUUCCAUGUACAAAAUAAAACAAGCAACUACUAGAGUGGGGAUGGAGUAGUAGUAGUAGGCCGGAGGCGCAUAUUGGCUAUCCGAAGCAGAGAACAGUUUGACAAUUGAAAACAUUGCAGACUCAAAUAACAAGAACCAGCAGCAACAUCAGAGACGCCAAUUCUAUUUUCCUCGCCAGCUGGGGAAGCGAUCCCUGUGCCUAGAAGAAAGCAGGGGGCUGGUUGACACAGAUCACGCCUAGCUGUUGUAAAUAUGUACAAGAGGAAACAAACCUUCUAUGCCGUUCUAUAAAGCCUCUUUCGUAUCAAGUGCUACUACUGUCUAAUGCUCCCUAGAAUACCUAGG